AUGGGGGUGAGGAUCUCUGGAGCCACUAGAAGCAAGGAGGAACUGGGAGGGGCUAGAGAACUGAGUUCACCAACUGAGUCACGUGGGAUGCAAAGUCCAAUAGAACUGUUUAUGGAUGCGGGGGAAAAAGUAGAGACUAUUCUUGGAAAAAUUGGAGCUAAUGUUAACACUGCUCUUAGUGCUAAGAGACACAGAAUGGAAACAGCUGCCCAAGAGGCCAUUGAGGGAAUUGACCAGAAAAUGAAACAAGUUUGGUAUUCACAGGAAGAUGCAUUGGUGAAGCUUAAUGAAGACUCUGCUCAGUCAUUCAUAAAACUGUUUGAGCAGUGGAAUUUGGAUUUUCAGAAAAUUCGAGAACAACAUGAUAAGCUAAUUGAUGAUUUUAAAAAACAAGAAAACAUUUUUCAAGAAUCCAGAUUUAUUCAUAUGCAGAGUCUGAGAACAAUUAAAAAUGUCCAUGAACAGUUCUUAAUGGAUUUGGAUAAACUGGAGGAGAAGAACGAUGAACUGCUUGCUGGUGCACAAAAUGAAAUUAAAGAGGAAAUGAAUAAGCUGCAAAAAAAAAUUAUGAGAGAAUCUGAGCAGGAACAAAUGGCAAACGUUCAGAGUCCGUGA